AUGAGAGCCAUUGAAGGCUUCGAUGACAACCCCUUUUUCCCCCAACCCCCCAAAAUGAAAGAGUUCAGACAGGAAGCUAUUGAAAAGAGUCCUUUAAAAAUGGUGAUAAAGAUGCUGAGGUGGAGCUUUUCACAGGUGAUGUUCUCUCCUCGGGGACUUUUUUAUACUGUACAAUGGAAGAGUGCAGAGAAUAGGUACCAUGUUCUUCACAUCAACACUACCAAAAAUAAUCCAGUAAUGUCACUGCAGGAUCAGGUACGCUUUGUAAAGAAUAUAACCACCUGGAACGAGAUGAAACCAGGGUUUUAUCAUGGACACAUUUCUUAUUUGGAUUUUGCAAAAUUCGGUGUGAAGAAGAACCCAAUUUAUAUUAAUGUCAUCAGGGACCCUAUUGAGAGGCUAGUUUCCUCCUAUUACUUUCUGAGGUUUGGAGAUGAUUACAGACCAGGAUUAAGGAGACGGAAACAAGGAGACAAAAAGACCUUAGAUGAGUGUGUGGCUAAUGGUGGCUCAUACCGUGCUCCAGAGAAGCUCUGGCUUCAGAUCCCAUUCUUCUGCGGCCACAGCUCAGAAUGCUGGAAUGUGGGAAGCAGAUGGGCUAUGGAUCAAGCUAAGUAUAACCUAGUUAAUGAGUACUUCCUGGUGGGAGUGACUGAAGAGCUGGAAGACUUCAUCAUGUUACUGGAAGCAGCUCUGCCCCGCUUUUUCCAGGGUGCCAUAGACCUCUAUCGUGCAGGAAAGAAAUCCCACCUGAGGAAAACCACAGAGAAGAAACUGCCCACCAAGCAGACCAUCGCGAAGCUGCAGCAGUCCGACAUCUUGAAGAUGGAGAACGGGUUCUAUGAGUUCGCGCUGGAGCAGUUCCAGUUCAUUAGAGCCCUCGCUGACAUCCUGGCCCAGAACUUUUUCUAUGAAAAGAUUUACCCAAAGUCGAACUGA